AUGGCCGUGAAGAUGCUGGUCAUAGCACUGGUUCUGGGCGCUGCAGCCCAAGCGGAGGAGCAGAACAAGGUGCUCCACGGUGGACCCUGUGAGCAGACGUCUCACCCCUAUCAAGCUGCCCUCUACACGUCGGGCCACUUGCUCUGCGGAGGCGUCCUCAUUCACCCGCUGUGGGUCCUCACCGCUGCCCACUGCAAAAAACCGAAUCUGCAGGUCUACCUGGGGAAGCACAACCUUCAGCAAAGGGAGUUUUUCCAGGAGGAGAGCUCUGUCAUCCGGACCGUGGUCCACCCAGGCUACAAUGCCGCCACCCACGACCAGGACAUCAUGCUGCUGCGUCUGUCACGGCCAGCCAGGUUCUCCGAACACAUCCAGCCUCUGGCCCUGGAAAGAGACUGCUCAGCCAACCACACCAGCUGCCACAUCCUAGGCUGGGGCAAGAUGGCAGACGGUGAAUACCCUAACACCAUCCAGUGUGCAUACAUCCACCUGGUGUCCCGCGAGGAGUGUGAUCAUGCCUACCCUGGCCAGAUCACCCAGAACAUGGUGUGUGCCGGAGACGAGAAGCACGGGAAGGAUUCCUGCCAGGGCGACUCCGGGGGUCCGCUCGUGUGUGGCGACCGCCUCCGAGGCCUCGUGUCGUGGGGUAACGUCCCCUGCGGCUCCAAGGAGAAGCCGGGCGUCUACACUGAUGUCUGCAGAUACGGUCACUGGAUCCAAAGAGUCAUUCAGGCCAACUGA